ACACGCCAUUCCCUUGCGUUUCUUCCUCCAGGCUCCUCUCCUCUCCCCCUCCUUGAGUUACUUGACCAGGCUCCUCUGCUGGCAGUGGCACCACACCUCACCUAUAUAUGCGUGCAUCCGUCUCGUCGCUAGCGAGCAAGCAGGCAAACCCACGGCGCCGGUGCCACGCGGACACCGACAGAGGAGGCGUUUGGCUCGUCACUUUCCUAUAGAUACAGAAGAAGCAGAGAGGGAGGGGUUCGAGACGCCGGCCGUUGAUGCUGUAGCAGCACAAGGCCGGGCCCAAGCAAGAAGCAUGGAGGUGCUCGCCGGAGGAGGCCGCCUGCAUGCGGUUCUUCUUCUUGUCGGGGCCGCCCUUCUUCUUGUUGCAUCGGCGGGCGGCGCGGAGGCGUGGGCGCACCACGGCGCCGCCGGCGCCAGGGCCGGCGCCGAGCGGCGGUACCGGGAUCUCGCGGCGGGCAGGAUGGAGAGCGUCAGAUCCUCCUUCGGCAAGGCCAGGCGGGGGCUCGCAACGUCCUCGGCGGGCUCGCGGGUGUACCACGUGACGGACUACGGCGCCGACCCCACCGGCGCGGCGGACGCCACGGCGGCCAUCAAGAAGGCCAUCGCCGACGCCUUCAGCCCCCCCUCCAACGCCACCAUGACCGCCGGCAUCCCCGACCUCGGCGGCGCCGAGAUCCACCUCGACGGCGGCACCUACCUCGUCAACGGCCCGCUCACCCUGCCGGCCUCCGGCGGCGGCAACUUCAAGAUCCACAGCGGCUCGCUGCGGGCGUCGGCGGAGUUCCCGGCGGACCGGUACCUGAUCGAGCUCUCGGCGGGCUCCUCCUCCUCGGGCUACCACUACGAGUACGCGACGCUGCGGGACCUGAUGCUGGACUGCGGCUACCGGGGCGGCGGCGUGGCGGUGGUGGACUCGCUGCGCGUCGCCGUCGACAACUGCUACAUCACCGGCUUCGAGACGGAGGGCAUCGCGGUGCGCGGGGGCCACGAGACCUACAUCCGCAACACCUUCCUGGGGCAGCACAUGACCGCCGGCACCGACCCGGGGGAGCGCGCCUUCGGCGGCACGGCCAUCCGGCUCGACGGCAACGACAACUCCGUCUCCGACGUGGUCGUCUUCUCGGCCGCCACCGGGAUCAUGGUCACCGGCGGCGCCAACACCAUCUCCGGCGUGCACUGCUACAACAAGGCCACCGGGUUCGGCGGCACCGGCAUCCACCUCAGGGUGCCGGGGCUCACGCAGACGUGGCUCACCAACUGCUACAUGGACUACACCAGCAUCGUGGCCGAGGACCCCGUGCUGCUGCACGUGUCGAGCUCCUUCUUCCUCGGCGACGCCAACGUCGUGCUCAAGGCGGUCAACGGCGUCGCCCGCGGCGUGCAGAUCACCGGCAACAUGUUCAACGGGCGGGGCAAGGGCGUGGACAUCGUGCAGCUGGACGGGGAGUUCGGGACGGUGGAGCAGGUGUACGUGCAGCAGAACUCCGCCAUGGGGAUGAACGUCAAGGCGACCACGGCGCGCGGCUCCGCCGAGGGCAACGGCAGCUCCUGGACGGUGGACUUCGCGCCGGUGCUGCUGUUCCCGAACCGGAUCGGGCACGUGCAGUACUCGCUCGUCGCCGGCGACGCGUUCCCCGGGCACACGCUCAGGAACAUCUCCGGCAACCAGGUCGUCGUGGCCACCGACAAGGCCGUGUCCGCCACCGUGCACGUGCUCGUCGACCAGAACAGCAACUGAGCUGGAAAAUGGCGGCGCGUUCGCCGCCGCCGCCGCUGCCUGCUCGCGCUCAUGGCGUCAUUCGUUCGUUUGUUCUUACUGAAAUGAGAUUUAUGGGUUGGACACCCGGAUCUGGCCUGAGAGGAUUUGAACCUAGGUGGCGAUUUAUCGCGUCAAAUCUUGGCAGAGAGACUGCUACCACCAUAUAGUUAUAGCGAUUGUUCGAGAAAAUGAUUCAGAAUGGAUCAUUUGGAGUUCAGCUUGCUCGUCCAAAAUGUUUCAAGAUCAUCAUGCAAUUGCAACACUUGAUUAGCUGUGCCGAUAAUAAUAAUACAGUUUGUCUAAUUCA